AGCCAGCUUGCCGACGUAUAAGCCUACAGAAAAAGGCUACAUAGCCUACAAACCUUAGGCUAGCUAAGGCAGAGGAUUCGGAAGAUUGACAGAGAUAGACACAUAAUUCCGUUAGGAAAGAACCAAUUCAGCUCCCACUUGUCACUGUAACACGUAUGCACGUCGUGUGUAAUGUUUUCACGUGACGCGCCCAUCCUUUUCCCAGAUUUUUAUUUUUUAAAAAAUGACAUGGCAAAAAAAUCUUGUUCUUUUUUUAAAAAAAAAUCAACGGUAGGAGCACUAUCAUAUCACUUAAGAAGGGCAAAUAUAAAUUAUUAUAAACCCGACUUGGAGGCAAAUCCUUGGUACCUCGCUAAAAAUGCCUCAAACUCACCUAGCUAGAGAAUAGACGGCACCAUCUAGGAUCUGUGAACACUGUCAGCUAAGGCAGCAGCACUGUGAGAUCCAUUUUCAGACGACAAUCCGAUUGGUUCAUGCGUCCGUGAUCAUCAUCAUGCAAUUUAAUUCCCAGAGGUUGAUCAUAGCACACGCAUGUACUCACCGGAGAUAGGUAGCCGUGCGACGAUCGAGACGUUCUCACGCAAAGGCACCGCGCCAUUGGAGGCGGAGAACAGCAGCUGCCUGCCACUGCCACCGGCGGGAGAGCAAGAAAACAACAAGCCACCUGACCCACCUACCAACCCGACAGCCUUGCUUUCCAUUGCAGACAAACAAAUACUACUAGCCCUGCCUCCAGGUUCGAUCCGGUGGCGGGGCCCACUCUGCAGACAUCGCCAAUCAAGAUCAACCAACCGGAUGGCCGCCGAGACGACCGACCUGGCGCCACCGUCUCCUCCGCCGCCGGUGGCACCCACUGCCGCGCCAAGCCGUCCGAGACUGUCGGGGUUCGAGCAGCUGGACGGGCGAGUCAAGGAGCUGACCUCGUCGCAGGCGGAGUUGCUGGAGAGGAUCCAGAAGCUGAAACAGGAGGUGCAGAACUGGCGUUCCAACAUAGAGACGCAGGUCAAGACAUGCCAGAAUGAACUCCAGGGUCUGAAGAAAGGACUCGACUCUGAAGUGGAACAGCUGAAAUCGGAAAUGAAGGCGAUGAGGUCUGCAAUCCAGGAAGAGAAGGGCAAUCUACCUGCACAAAUUACAAGUUUAGAGGUGAGCAAUGACGAUACAGAACAAGCCUGGCAGACCCAAGACCAAGUACUGAAGGUUACUACUGAUGCUAGUAUGGAAGAUCAAACAGCAACACAAGCGUGAAUCAGUGCUUCCUUGCAGAGGUGAAGGCUGUUCUGCUGGAUAGUCAGCUCCUUUCAAUGAAUCAAAAAGGGCUGGCAGAUACACUGAAUCACAUGAAGUAAAUAUUAUUUUUGAAUCCAUACCAGCAAGUUUCCAAGUGCAAAUAUCUCUAUUCUCUAUAACAGUGACAGCAAAUUGAAGUGUAACAUUUCAGACCAAUCUUGUCAAAUGAUACAUUACAUGUACAAGAACUGUUUGUUUUGUAACAAUUCCAUUACUACUAUUACAAAUUCUAAUUUUAAAUAAAGUCUGCACAACUGGCUCA